CGACUCCGCCGCGGAUAGACGGUUUUCACUGCUGAAUUGUCGUGUGAGUGAACUUCUCUUAUUUUCAGAGGACAAACAGAAGUCGAACUUCAUUGGACGAAGCGCUCACUGGAUUCUCAAAUGAAGCUUUGAAGCCACUAACAGACGUUUACUGUGAAUAGUGGAAGACGCCGAAGAUAAAUAUCCGCGUUUUCCUCAAAACGUGGCUAAAUGAUGCAUAGGUUUUUGGUGUUAGCUGUUGUCUUGUGUGCAAAGUCUAUACACGGGGGGUCAGAAUUUCAGGAGCCGUGUGCAGGCCGGAACUGCGGUGGAGCGUGCCCGUGUUUGCCCUUAAAGGGUAGCAGGGGGCAACCAGGGCAACUUGGACUGGUGGGGAUCAGUGGUCCUGAGGGUUUCAUUGGGGGCUUGGGGCCCGUUGGCCCCAAAGGAGAAAAGGGUCAUGUAGGACGCAAAGGGCCCUCUGGACUAAAAGGGGACAAGGGCCCAAUGGGUGUUCCGGGGUUUUCUGGCAAUGAUGGUGUUCCUGGACACCCUGGUCAGGAGGGUCCCAGGGGACCACCAGGUCUGGAUGGCUGUAACGGCACGCGAGGUGACCCAGGUGACAGAGCCCGUGAUGGAUUUCCUGGUAUACCUGGAAUACCUGGACUCCCUGGUAAAAAAGGACAGAAAGGAGAACCACGUUAUGUAGAUAUUCCGACAUCCAAUGUAGGAGUCAAAGGUGGUAAUGGCCUUCCAGGUCCAGAUGGAUUUCCAGGUCCAGACGGAUAUCCAGGUCCAAUUGGACCCAGAGGUCCAGAUGGAUUUAUUGGUCCUGCUGGUCCACCUGGUCCUCCUGGACCUCCAGGAAGUCCAGGUCAAGGAUACAAAGGGGAGCCUGGAGAAAAGGGGGAUGUUGGUCAACCGGGAAACAGGGGCAGUCCGGCCGUUCAGUUUAACGCACCAGCAAUAAGCACUAUCAACAAAGGAGAGAAGGGGGAUAAAGGCUAUGCCGGUAAUCCAGGCCUUACCGGGAGACCUGGACCAACAGGUCCAUUUAGUUAUAGAGGCGAGACUGGUGAAAAGGGAAUCCUAGGCUUGCCAGGCUUGAGGGGUCCACCUGGUCUGAACGGACCUCCUGGGGCUCCUGGCAGAAAAGGCUUCACUGGAAGUCUAGGGUUUCAAGGCCAACCAGGCUUUCCUGGACUAAAAGGUGACAUUGGAGAGCCAGGUCCACCUGGACCAUACUUUCCUUCAACAGAUGACAUUCCAGGUCCUCAAGGUGAUCCUGGCUUUCCUGGUUAUCCUGGGCUAAAUGGAGAUCCAGGUCCUUCAGGAUCUCCUGGUCUGCCUGGUCCUCCAGGAAUGCCUUCUUUUGUCACAGGUCGUCCAGGCAGCGCUGGGUUCCCUGGUAGUCGUGGACCUAAAGGACAGAGAGGAAACCCAGGUCGGGAUUCCUAUGGCCCUGAAGGUCUUGCCGGAAGUCAAGGCCUUCCUGGACCCCCAGGUCCACCUGGACCACCAGGCCAAACAUUAUCUGUAAAUUCUGUCUCUGUGCCGUUACCGGGACUUCCAGGUCAGCCAGGUCAGAGAGGACCACCUGGCGACAGAGGCUAUAAAGGGUUUAAAGGAGAAAAUGGUGACUGCAAUUGUUUGGGUGGAGCAACAACUGGUGCGCAGGGACUUCCAGGGCCUGCAGGGCCCCCUGGCCUUACUGGACCUAGUGGUGCGAAGGGAGAAAUUGGUGACCCAGGCUUCCCAGGAUCACGUGGACAACAGGGCCCAUUUGGCCGAGCGGGUGAGAGGGGCUUUUUUGGGCGUAAAGGAGAGAAAGGUAAUGCCUUCUUCCCCCAAGGCAGAGGACAAAAAGGUGACUUGGGUCAGCAGGGUCCUCUUGGGCCUCUUGGAGCAAGCGGCAACCCUGGAAGAGAUGGAUCUCCUGGCUUCCCUGGACAACCAGGCCCACCCGGAGAUCCUGGUUUUGGUGUGACUGGAGAUAAAGGUUUUCCUGGUAUCCCAGGGUUCAAAGGUCCUCCCGGUGCUGUUGGCGAUCCUGGUAUUGGCUAUCCUGGUGUAGCUGGGUUCAAAGGGGCACAAGGUGAUCCCGGAUUUAAUGGUCUUCCUGGAUCACCUGGACUUCCAGGGCCUCCAGGUGACAGCUGUUGGCAGGCGGGGCUUAAUGAUGCCUCUUUGGAAGGGGGAGGAACACCGCUGCCCUGCAGGAUUCCUGGGGAUCUCGGGGAUCCAGGAUUCGGUGGACUUCCUGGGGUGCCAGGACCACAGGGUCAGCCUGGUUCCAAAGGAGUGAGCGGACGCCCAGGUUUUGAUGGGCAAAAGGGUGAGAGAGGAGAACCAGGCACUGGAGGUCUGCCAGGACCACAGGGUUUCCCUGGACCCAGAGGAGAUCCAGGUUUACCAGGAGUUACAAAUGCUGGCUUACAAGGGCCUCCAGGAAGAGACGGUUUUCCAGGUGUGCCAGGAGCAAAGGGAGAACCUGGUGAGGUGCUUGGGGCUACCCCUGGAGAUCCGGGUCUUCCAGGAAGACCAGGAAAUCCAGGAGACAAGGGUCAACCUGGGACACCUGGUUUACCCGGGACCCCUGGUGUCGAUGGACGCAAUGGUUUUUCUGGUUCAAAGGGUGAGCGAGGUGUGUAUGGAAUACCUGGUCCCCGGGGUCCCAUUGGUCCAGUGGGGGAAUUGCCUCCUGGGGGUAUCCCUGGACUCAGAGGGCCAGAUGGAGUUAGAGGAUUUCCUGGACCUUCAGGUUACCCUGGGCAGAAGGGUGUGAGAGGAGAUCAAGGGCCUCCAGGGCCUGGUGGAAUAAAGGGCACCACUGGUUUUCCUGGCAUCCCAGGGCCACAGGGAUUUAGGGGACUACCUGGUCCUCCUGGUCCUGGAACACGUCCAGGCAGACCUGGACGACCAGGAAUAAAAGGGGAGAGGGGAUCUCCUGGGUUGUUAGGAUUCCCUGGAUUACCUGGUUCUCCUGGAAUUCCAGGUAACCCAGGUAUCAAAGGUUCGCCUGGUUUAAUUGCACAGAAUGGUUUCCCUGGGCAAAAUGGACCAAAAGGACUAAAAGGGGAUCGUGGCUUUCAAGGUCCUCCGGGACCCUCUCCUCCAGUGAUUCCAUCAGAGCUGCUGGAAAAGGGUGAACCAGGUGUCACAGGAAGCAGUGGAUUGCCUGGUUUCCCAGGACAAAGAGGUGAUAAAGGUUUUUCGGGGCCACCUGGACGUCCAGGGUUACCUGGACUACCUGGCAUUGCUGACCAAGCAAAAGGUUUUCCUGGCCAGCCUGGAAACCCUGGCAUUCCUGGCUCUUCUGGCUUCCCUGGACCCAAAGGAUCACCUGGUGUCAUGGGCUUCCCUGGCAUGCCAGGACCGAGGGGUGAGGAUGGUGGACCUGGAUUUCAAGGGUUUCCAGGCAGUCAAGGACAGCCCGGUGGAAAAGGAGAGAAAGGUGACUCGUAUUCAUUACCUGGGCCCCCUGGACCAAAAGGAAUGGUGGGAAGUCCUGGAUUCUCAGGUGGUCCAGGACUUCCUGGUGAACAGGGUGAUCCAGGUUUCCCAGGAGCCUCUGGAUUCCAAGGCCAGAAAGGUUAUCCUGGAGAGCCAGGAGCACCAGGAUUUGGUGGCCCACCAGGUCUCUCAGGCAGUAGGGGUCGCGAUGGUUAUCCAGGACAGAAGGGACGUGAUGGAGAGUCAGGUCGUCUUGGACCUGCAGGUCCAGCAGGAGAGAAAGGUCUGCCAGGCUCUCCUGGUUUAGAUGGACUCAAUGGUCUUCCAGGAUCCAAGGGGCCCCCUGGAGUUCCAGGUGUGAUUGAAGGUGGUCAGCCAGGAGCCCCUGGUAGGGAUGGCCUGAAGGGAGAGAGAGGCCUAUCACGGCCCGGUGCCCAUGGCCUGCCUGGAGAAAGAGGAUUUAAAGGAGAAAAUGGUGCCCCUGGUCGACGAGGCUACCCUGGUAAUCCAGGCCCCCCUGGCCAACCUAGUUCUUCUUAUAUCCCAGGUCCUCGCGGUGACCCUGGACUUCCAGGAUUAGAUGGACGAGAAGGUACCAUUGGCCUUUCUGGCCCUCCUGGUCCACCAGGCCCUGGAACAGUCCAAGGAGACAGAGGAGAUGCCGGAUAUCCUGGACUACCAGGUAUACCAGGAGCACGUGGAGACCCAGGUGGUUCUGGAGCCCCUGGAUUACAAGGCAACCCUGGAUUCAAAGGACAAAAAGGUGAUGCUGGUUUUAGUGGUAUACCUGGGCCACCAGGAUUUCCCGGAGAAUCAGGGGUUUAUGGCAGGAAAGGAAACAAAGGAGAGAAGGGUGAUCCUGGUCGUAAGGGGCGUCCAGGCACUGUAUCCUCACCUAGCAACCUAACUCGGCCACUUGGGGAUCCUGGUCCACCAGGUUUUGAUGGGCCUUUUGGUCAGCCAGGAACACCAGGCCAGCCAGGCAGUCCAGGUACCCCAGGUCCCAAAGGACUCAGAGGACCAGUGGGUAGACUUGGUCCAGUUGGUGCAGCUGGAUCUACAGGAGGUUUUGGUGAGCCUGGAUCUUCAGGGAUCCAAGGACCCACAGGAACCCAAGGUCCCCCUGGCCAACCGGGUUUGCGAGGUCCUCCAGGUUUACCUGCGCGCAGUAGCAGUAUUGGCUAUACUAUGGUAAAACAUAGUCAGUCCAGCCUGGUGCCCAUGUGUCCACAAGGCAUGGCAAAGUUGUGGGAGGGCUACAGUUUGCUGUAUGUGGAGGGACAAGAGAAAGCUCACAGCCAGGAUCUGGGAUUGCCUGGUUCCUGCCUGACUCAUUUCAGCACUAUCCCCUUCUUGUACUGCACAGUCAAUGAAAUUUGUUACUAUGCCAGCCGCAAUGACAAAUCCUAUUGGCUGUCCACCACGGCGCCCAUUCCCAUGAUGCCUGUGGCAGAUCAGCAGAUUUCUCAGUACAUUAGCCGCUGCUCGGUGUGUGAGGCCCCUUCUCAAGCAAUCGCUGUCCAUAGUCAAGAUCUCUCCAUACCUACAUGCCCUCAGGGCUGGAGAAGUCUGUGGAUUGGUUAUUCCUUCCUUAUGCACACGGCCGCAGGUGCAGAGGGAGGCGGUCAAUCUUUGGUGUCUCCUGGUUCUUGUCUGGAGGAUUUUCGUGCCACACCCUUUAUUGAGUGCAACGGUGCCCGCGGCACCUGCCACUACUUUGCCAACAAGUACAGUUUCUGGUUGACCACAGUAGAGCGGGACGAACAGUUCGUCCAGGGUCCAUCCCAGGAGACACUGAAAGGAGAGCAGUACCGAUCACGCAUCAGUCGCUGUCAAGUCUGCAUGAAGAUCUUGUAGCUUCUGUAGAUGCAGGAGAAAGUGACUUAAACAGGAAGCGUGGAUGAGAUGAGAAAAGGUGUUUGAUGAUAAAGGCAACAAAAGUGAACUGAGGGAUUUGAUUUCAUGCCCUUGACCUAAGGACUGUAUAUGACACCCAGCAGUGGUAAUGUGAUGGAGAAUAUGGGGGUUUGAAUGAAAAGAAAUUGAGAAGAGAUUUUUCUCUUUUUACCUGCUUAUUAUCAACAGUGGUGCUACAUUACAUAUUUGAAAUAUGUAUGUUUUUUUUUAUUUAAUUGUUGGUCAUAUUCACGGCUACCUCGGAGAGUGCAUUGCAAACUCCCAGUGGAUGACAAAAUAAUAUACCGGUACUAUAUAUUUUUAAAGAGUAUAUAUACAGCAACAAAACAAACAGUCUUCUGAUUAAGCUGGUUGUUACUGCAUUUCAAGUACACUAUACUGUAUAUUAGCUUCACUAGCCGAUAUUGGUGCUUCUCUAACAAUGGUGUUGACCAGAGUGUCUUUCUUGUUUAGCAUUGGCGAAAAUGGAAAACCAGCACAUUUUCAUCUACGUCAAAGAGUGAGAUCACUUGAAAUAAUUAUGAUUAUCUAACCCCAUAAUUGUGGAUCCAAUAUGAAUUGCACUGAAGUGAAUAUUUGAAAAAAUAUGUUAAGGUUCUUUCACAAGAUCAUGUGCAGCUGAUCUAAGUAAAUUCACCUAGGCCUUUUUAACAUCCAUCAAACAUUAAUGAUUAUUAUGUUUAUCACUUUACAGAUCGUAAAGGGAUAGUUCACCCAAAAAUGAAAAUCUCUCAUCAUUUGCUCGUGCUCAUGCCAUCCCAGAGUAUUUCAGCUCUGUAGGUCCAUACAAUGCAAGUGAAUGGGCACCAAAAUUUUGAAGCUCCAAAAAUCGCAUAAAGGCAUAAAUCACAUUAAAGGUAAUCCAUAAGACUCCAGUAGUUUAAUCCAUGUCUUCUGAAGUGAUAUGAUAGCUGUGCGUGAGAAACAGAUCAAUAUUUAGGUCCUUUUUUACUAUAAAUCUCCACUUUCACUACUUUUGUUUUUGGUGAUUCCCAGUCUUCAUGCAUAAUGCCACCUACUGGGCAGGGAGGAGAAUUUUUAGUAAAAAAGGACUUAAAUAUUGAGCUGUUUUUCACCCACACCUAUCAUAUCCCUUCUGAAGAUAUGGAUUUAACCACUGGAGUCUUAUGGAUUACUUUUAUGCUGCCUUUAUAUGUUUUUUGGGGCUUCAAAAUUUUGGUCACUAUUCACUUGCAUUUCAAGGACCUACAGAGCUGAAAUAUCCUUCUAAUAUAUUUGUUUGUGUUCAGCAGAAGAAAUCAUACACAUCUGGGAUGGCAUGAGAGUGAGUAAAUGGUGAGAGAAUUUUCAUUUUUAGGUGAACCAUCCCUUUAACAGUUCAUCUCUUGGUCUUUGAAGGUAUAGUUUUCAUCAGUAAUUCACUGCAUGACCAAAAAAAUGUGUGUUUGAAAAUAAGUUUGACACAUAUUUUUAUGAUAUUUUUGUGAGGGUGUCAGAAUGAUUCGGUUUAUAUAUUUGUAUACUCAAAAUGUUAAUGGCUUUUUGUAACAUAUCUAAUUCACUUUGUGCAUCAGGCUGUGCAGAUAUAUAGACCAGUCUGAUUGAUUAUAUAAAACCACUAUGGCCACUAAGCCUUUCAGUCUCGCAUUGGUAGCCUUGAGUAUAUUUUUUUUUCUCUUUAUUAUGUUACAUUUCUUCAUGUGUUUGUAAGUAAUUCGAUUAUACUAUAUUCAAUUCAUCCCACUGAAAGAUGUACUGUAAGCAAAGACAACGAGUUUACUUGUAAAUGUAAUAAUAGUGAAAGAUUCAAGAAUUCUUUUCCAAUUUCUCUUAAUUCUAGGACUGUUAUUUUCUAAAAUAAAAAAAUGUAAAUUUUGAAGACUGGCUUUCAUAAGAAGACAGUUUGCAUUUAUUGUUAUAGUUUUUUACUGCUUUGAUUCCCUGAGAUGUAUAAUUUCUACAUUUCUACAAUCAUACAUUUUUAUAAUAAAUUCUGAUAGUAAAUAUGAGAAGACCUUUUCCAGUAUUUCAUAUAGUGGUGUAAAUGUUUGAUCUGAAUGUAUGCAGUGAGUACAUCUAUUGAACCUGUCAAAUAAAACUUUCAAACUGUUAUUCAAUUAAUGUUGGCAAGAGUGUUAGCCUCAGUUCCCAUUCACUAUUAUUGUGUGGAAAAAAGAUGCAAUGAAAGUAAAUAGUUACUGACAGGGCAACAUUCUGCCUAACUUCUCAUUUUGCAUUCCACAGAAGAAAGUCAUAUGAGUUUAGAACAACAUAAGGGUUAGUAAAUUAUGACACAAUUGUCAUUUGGAUGUGAACUACUGUAUCCCUUUACGCAUAUAUCAUAAGCAGCAUACAGCAGCCACAAUUUAAUUGUCUGUUCAUGAAUAAAUAUCAUUUGCAUUUACAAUAAACAAUGC